CGCCUUUGACAAUUGUCACCACCAUUGUCAUUGCAUAGGGAAGGUUCAAAAUAGGAGAGGAAGCUUCCUGCCUGAUCAACCUCGACAAACACAUCCGACUGGGAGCGCCAUUCGAACGAGGCGGCUGGAGGGCGCUCCAGAGGUGGCCGUGCCCUGCGGGAACCGAUCGGUUAAAGGUACCUGAGGGGCUGCAUCCACUGUGGUGCAGCACCCAGCGCACCGGAACACGCCCCGCGGACAGCUGGCGGGGCACCCGACUUUACCCCCGUCCCGGCGCAGCAACCCCUUGCAGAUGAGGAAAAAAAUCGCUUGGGAACAGAAUGGAGUUUCUCACAGGAUAUGCAGCCGCCAAGGCCCCCUACCUCACUUAUGAAGUCGAGGGCUCUCACAAAUCCCGCUCCAAGCCGGCUCGCUCCAAUUCAACGUCUGGGACGGCGACAACGAGGAAGCGAUCGCGUGUUCCAGGACACGCCAGGACGAACAGUGCGAGCACAACCAGUAGUGGCGGGCGCACUGAGCCCCAGGUACCACCGUACAACAGCAACAGUCCCGGGCUGCAGCAGCCAUCGGGCGGCGCUGACGCCAGCGGAGUCGUCGUCGAGUCAGCUGGCGCCGUAGUGGCGUCGAGCCCGGAAGACUGUGCGGAUCCAAUUCCCGGGCACAAUCACCCUAGCCCGUCGCGGCGUCGCAACUCGCACAGGGAGCGGGAGCGGAUGUCGUCACUGCGAUACUUUCAGGACAAGCAGCUGCCAGCCACACCUCGACUCAACACCCAGGACGCCAGCGCGAAAUACCUUAGUGCUGGUAGCCAUUCCGAGCCGGCUUCGGCCCGCACGCCAGCCUCUGCGAGUGCUGCUCCUGCGGCCGCGUUGAGUAACCCCGGCUCUGUCGUCGCCGCCGUUGCCUUUCCCGAUCGCCGCAUGCCUCAGCACCCCGCCAUGUUUCAGUAUGCAGAAGCAGGAACGGGCAGGACGCCAGGAGGCGGCGGGCUCCGGGCCGAAAGCGUAUCGAGCGUGUCGGGAGCCACCACCACGAGCAGCCGUACAAUGCAGUCGAGCGAUCAUGCAUCGGAUUUGGUGCACCAACACCGGCCGUUCGUCGUCCGCAACGGACGUACGUACCUUGCGGAUCCAACCUUACCAUACCCAUUACCCGUCGACCUAGAAGAGUUGCAUCGCCAGAGUUUGCAGACGAUGCUCCUGAUGCAGCUGAACGGGCGCCCGAUCUGCGCGCCCGCCUUCGCCCACAAGCCGCCGCCCCGGAUACUAGAAGUCGGGUGCGGAACUGGCUUUUGGAGCCUGAUGUGCUACAAGCACUACGAGACCCGAGGCUUGCACAAGGACAUCUCUUUUACCGGAAUCGACAUUGUAGCCCUCCCUCCUAACUCAACGGCGGGCGGCGGCCCAUCAGGCCAUUCGCGACCGGACAAGGACAUGAAUUGGCGCUUUGUGCAACACGACGUGCGCAAAUUACCCUUUCCCUUCCCCGACGGCAGCUUCGAUUUUGUCAUGGUCAAGAACAUGAGCCUUGCCACGUCCAUGGCAGCGCAACAAUCACUCAUUGAAGAAUACAUCCGCCUCCUCACCCCGGGCGGCACCAUCGAGAUCUGGGAAACGGACCACAUGCUGCGCAUGCUCCGCCCUCACGUCCCGGAAGGCACAACCACCUCGGGCCCAGCCGAGCAAGAUGGGUUUCCCUCUUCCACCACUCCAAACGCCAACGACAUGCACGACACUAAACAAGACAAACCCGACGCGGCCGUCGCCGCCAAUACCGAACUAGGUGGUGCCUACAUCAUGACGCCCAACACGCCCCUCAGCACGCCCCUCAACAACUUUUUAGUGGAGUACAACGCCUGGGUGUCGCGCGCCCUCGAGGCCCGCGCGCUGUGCACCAUGCCCUGCACCGCCAUAGGCCCGCUCCUGAUCCAGGAGGCCGAGGUGCUGACGGGCGUGGGGUCGCGGCGGCUUGCGGUGCCGCUGACCGAGAUUCGGUGGGAGAAGGAAGGGGUCGGCGGCGUAGUCACCAAGGACGGGAAGAGUUAUAUUGAGACCAAGGCUCGUAAGGGUGGUGUUGUAGGGGCUGCCGGGGGUGCCGGGGGAGGUGGGGGAGGAGGUAGUGGUGAAGGUGUUAGAGGGGCAGCUGGGGGAUUGGACGCUGCUGCUGCUGCGCUCAGGAGGACGGCGCUGAUGAUUGUUGUGGGCAAGAUACAGAGCUUGGAGCCUGUGCUCAGAGAGGCGAGCGGGAAGAGCCAGGAUGAGUGGGAUGCGUGGGUGGGGAAGAUGAUGAACGAUUUAGUGAGGGAGAAUGGGACGAGCUGGGGGGAGUGUCUGGAGGUUGGGGCUUGGUGGGCGAGGAAGAGGUGAUUUGUAAAGUCGGGGUUGGGAGCGGUGGCUGGUCGCAUCUUGCUCCUGAUGUGAUGAGUGCAGGGUGCGGGAUUAGUUCGUUCCGCCAUUUGAGCGUCGUUUCAACGACGGCGGUUGCUUGUUAUGUGCCUAUAUAUAACGAUGUAUGCGCUGUUGUACAUGUACGUAGGUCGUGUUCGGCCUACGCGCCGUCAUAUCUCUUCCUCAGCGUCCGGUAUCGUUUGAGGUAGUA